AUGCCCGUGCAAGGACCUCUCCUUUUCCUCUUGGGACGACCAAAAUCAUGUCAGAGCAACCUUGUUCAUGGAUGUCGUGGUCGACAUGGUGUCAUUGUCUCCGUACUUGCAAUCGACCCGGAUGAAUAUUUAGUGUGUGCAUCACCCUAUUACGAAGACGAUACCUUCGUUCCGGACGACGCUGUUACAUUCCUCGUCUGCGGCGCUCUGAAUGGCACAGCUGGCAACCCAGAUGGCAAAAUUACCCAAACCAACACGCUCGAUGGUUGGCUGCACUGCACUGGUCUUAACGACUUCUACAGCAAGUGUUCCGACGAGUAUCUCGAACUUUGCAUUAAAUACGGAGCACAAGGCAUCCAAUGCUGCCCACCAAUUGGCGAUGAUCCAGACAAUGCCCCAUCUUGCAAUCAAGCGAACGGCAAUCCAAAGAAGUAA